GGAAAGUACAUGAAGCAGAUGGGAGGGGAUGUAACCUGCCUCACCAAAGGUAUAAAUUACAAGAGUUUUGUGUUGCAUUGAUAAAGGCACAUAUUUCAUCUUGGGAGUGAGCCUCAUUCAUCAGCUUAAGGAACCUUUUGAGCCACCAGAACGUCCUGAUGGGGCUGUUUGCAUCUAAACGUAAAAUUUUGGGUCGAGGUGUGCACUUUUCCACCAAUGAGGAGGGGCCUCCCAGGUACUCUCCACACCACUUUGAUGGCAGCACUGUACACCGCAAUCAUGGGCUUCAAAUUCCUCCAACCAUCGUCGUCUCCGAUGAGGAAUCAAGUACAUCAGAACGUCGAGGCUCGAGGGCAGAGCUGCGUCGAUCCUCUGUUUAUAGCACUAUGGACCUGGUACCCCAACUGGAGCAUUACGCCAAUUCUUUACCCCGUCAAAUGAUGAGGAGCAGGCCGUCUCUUGAAACACUCCGCAAAACAUUUGAGGUAGUGGAGAUUGGAAUGGACGGAGCCUCCACUUCUGACUCGGGCAGCCUGCCAGGACCAGAUAUGGGAAAUGAAGAUUCUCAAGAUCCCAACAUCAAAGCUCCAGUUAGAUUUGGCUGGAUAGUCGGGGUCAUGGUUCGUUGCAUGCUGAAUAUUUGGGGAGUCAUCCUGUUCCUCCGUUUGUCAUGGAUCACCUCUCAGGCAGGCAUUGUGUUGACUUGUGUGAUAAUCCUUAUGUCUGUGGUGGUGACCUCUGUGACUGCACUAUCAAUCUCUGCAAUUGCCACCAAUGGGAGGGUGGUCUCAGGAGGUGCUUAUUUCAUGAUCUCCCGUACAUUGGGUCCUGAAAUUGGAGGACCAAUCGGUGUGGUUUUCUCCUUUGCAAAUGCUCUGGCCUGUGCUCUCAACACUGUUGGUUUUGCAGAGGUGGUCCGUGAUUUGAUGCAGGAAUUUGACGCCACGAUGGUGGAUCCAGUCAAUGAUGUCCGUAUUGUGGGUGUGAUCACUAUCACGGUUCUUCUCCUUAUUUCAAUGGCAGGGAUGGAGUGGGAGUCCAAGACCCAGAUUUUGUUCUUCUUAGUACUUUUGGUUUCCUUUGCAAACUACUUUGUGGGGACAUUAAUACCUCCAGGCAUUGAGAAGCAGGCUGUUGGCAUCUUUGGAUAUCGAGGUGACAUUUUUGUCGAGAACCUCACUCCAAACUGGCGAGGUCCUGAUGCCGGUUUUUUCCAAAUGUUUUCCAUAUUCUUUCCUGCUGCCAUUGGCAUUUUGUCUGGAGCCAACAUCUCUGGAGAUCUAAAGGACCCUGCAACAGCUAUUCCAAAGGGUACCUUGAUGGCUAUAUUUUGGACAACAAUCAGUUACCUGGGGAUAACAGUAACUGUUGGAUCAUGUGUCGUACGGGAUGCCUCUGGGAAUGGCAGUCACAUCUUGCUGGGAAACAAUACAGAUGGCUGUGUGGGACUGGCAUGUAAUAUGGGCUGGAACUUCACAGACUGUAUCCAGUCCCAGUCCUGUGUAUAUGGGCUCGCUAACAGUGUAAAGGUACUUGGACAGGUGUCUGGUUUCUACUACCUUAUUACUGCUGGUGUCUUUGCAGCCAGUUUAUCUUCUGCCUUAGGUUUUCUUGUCUCUGCACCAAAAGUAUUUCAGUGUCUCUGCAAUGACAAAAUAUACCCCUACAUCAUAUUCUUUGCCAAAGGUUAUGGGAAAAACAAUGAGCCACUUCGAGCUUAUAUGCUCUGCUAUGUUAUUGCUAUAGCCUUCAUUCUUAUUGCUGAGCUGAAUACCAUUGCAGCUCUUAUCUCAAAUUUCUUCCUAUGUUCUUACUGCCUUAUAAACUUCAGCUGUUUUCAUGCAUCCAUCACUAAUUCCCCCGGCUGGAGGCCAUCAUUUCACUACUACAGUAAAUGGACCGCUUUGUUUGGAGCUGUGAUAUCUGUGGUUCUGAUGUUCCUGUUUACCUGGUGGGCGGCUCUUGUCACCUUCUGCAUCAUCUUCUUCCUUUUUGGAUAUGUCAACUACAACAAACCGAAGAUAAACUGGGGUUCAUCAGUCCAGGCUGGUACAUACAACAUGGCCUUGUCAUACUCCGUCUCUCUGACAGGGGUGGAGGACCAUGUGAAAAAUUUCAGACCACAGUGCCUUGUACUGACUGGGCCCCCAAACCAGCGACCUGCACUGGUGGACUUUGUGGGCUCCUUCACUAAGCACAUAAGUCUGAUGAUCUGUGGAGAUAUCAUACUGGAGCAGGACAGGAAGACGCGACCUCAGGAUGCUACAGACAGCUUGGUGAAGUGGAUGAAUAAGAGGAAGGUCCGGUCAUUCUACACCCCUCUAUCUGCUGACAACCUCAGGGCUGGAUCUAAACAACUGUUACAGGCUUCUGGUUUGGGUAAACUGAAGCCUAACACGCUGGUUCUGGGUUUCAAGACAAAUUGGAGGGACAGUGCUCCUGAAAGCAUUGAAGAUUAUAUCAACACCAUUUAUGAUACAUUUGAUUCUAACUACUGUUUGUGCAUCCUGAGGAUGAUGGAUGGACUGGAUAUCUCAGAUGAUUUAGAGUUUGAAGUGAACCAGGGCUUUGAGCCGGAUGAAAAUGUGGAAAACCAGGACCAGCAAACCAAUGAGGAGGAUACAGCUGAUGAUAUGUCUGAUGAAGGCAGCAGUGAUCAGAUCAAGACAGUGUUUCAAAAUGACCAGGGAAAGAAGACCAUUGAUGUCUACUGGAUAGCAGAUGAUGGAGGUCUGACCUUGCUGGUGCCCUACUUGAUCACCAGGAGGAAACGCUGGCACAAAUGUAAAGUCAGAGUUUUCAUCAUUGGAGAUGAGCAGAACAUGGAAGAAGGUCGCAAUGAGAUGUUGGCUCUGCUGAAGAGGUUUCGGUUGGAUGUUAGUGACGUUAUAGUAAUGACAGACAUCGAGAAACAGCCACACCCAAAGAAUUGGCAGUAA